CGUCCUUCAUCCAUACACCUCGCCAUGACCGUCUCGCAAUCGCCACUGCGCAUCGGCGUCGAUGUCGGCGGAACGAAUACUGACGCAGUCGUGCUGGACCUCACGCCUGGUUGCGCCGCACCCGUCCUAGCCGCACACAAGGCGCCCACGACUCCAGACGUAGCCGAGGGGAUCCAAGCUGCGAUCGCCGCGACGCUGGCCGUAGCUGGUGUCGACAAGCGGCGCAUCCAGGCCGUCGCAAUCGGGACGACUUCAUUUGUCAACUCGCUUAUUGAGCGUGACGCGACCAAGCUUGAGCGCGUCGCCGUCGUGCGUCUCUGCGGACCCUUUUCGCGCCGUUGUCCCCCCUUCGCCUCCUUCCCGUACGAGCUGCGCGCCGUGCUUGAAGGGCCUGUGUUCUUUGCGAAUGGCGGUCUGGAGGUAGACGGGCGCGAAAUUGACCCCAUCGACCCCGCCGAGAUCCGUGCCAUUUGCGCGGCAAUGCGCGAGCGCGACGUGCGUGCCGUCGUGGUUUCCGGGUGCUACUCCCCCAUCGACGAUGAGUUUCGGCAGGAGGAGCGGGUGGGCGCAAUCAUCCGCGCCGAGCUCCCCGGUGCGCGCGUCACGCUGUCCAAAGACGUGGCGCACAUCGGCCUGCUGCAGCGCGAAAACGCGACGAUCCUCAACGCCGCGCUACUGCGCUACGCAGAGAGCACCGUCGCGGGAUUCCGCGCCUCCACCGCCGCGCUCGACCUCGCCUGCCCCAUCUUCCUGACCUCAAACGACGGCACGCUCAUGACGUGCGAUCAGGCCGCGCGGUUGCCGAUCAGGACGUUCUCGAGCGGCCCGACAAACUCGAUGCGCGGCGCACACUUCCUUGCCUCCCUUACCGGCGCAAAGCGCGAGACGGCGCUCGUCAUCGACGUCGGCGGCACGACUACCGAGAUCGGCGUGCUUCUUCCCACCGGCUUUCCGCGCCAAGCGGGCGCGUUCCACGAACUCGUCGGCGUGCCCCUCAACUUCUCUAUGCCGCACGUACACUCUAUGGGGCUGGGCGGUGGGUCGCGCGUACGCGUGGGCGAGAAGACGACCGUGGGGCCCGACUCGGUCGGCUACCGGAUCACAGAGGAGGCGCUGUGUUUCGGCGGGCGCACGCUGGUGGCGACUGACAUCGCCGUGGCGGCAGGAAAAGGCGGCAGGAUCGGUGAUGCAUCUCUCGUAGCGGGCGUCGACGAGGCUACUGUCAAGAGUGCACAGGCGCGGAUCAAGGCCAUGAUCGAGCUCGCCAUCGACAGCAUGAAGACCAGCGCCGCCGAUGUCCCCGUCUACCUCGUGGGCGGGGGUGCGAUCCUCGUGCCGGACGACCUCGCCGGUGUGAGCCACGUCCAUCGCUUCCCAUACUAUGACGCCGCCAACGCUGUCGGCGCGGCAUGCGCCCAGGUCUCGGCGGUUAUCGACACUUUCGAGGACACAAGUACGAAGUCUAUCGCGGUGGUGCAGCGAGAGGUGGAAGCGCGGGCCGUCGCACGUGCCGUGGCGAACGGCGCGGAUCCGCAGCGCACGAACGUCGUCGAGUCCGAGGCGAUUCCGAUUGCGUAUACUACAGGCAAGUGUCGGUUCUACGUCAAAGCCGCCGGCGAGUGGACCGGCACGGCGGCGGCGCAGGAUGAGGCGGCCUCCGCCGGCGCUGAGUUCAAGUGGGACGCCAGCUCUCCAGUCACGCUGGCGGUGCCGGCGAACGGCAAGCGCGAGCUACCAAACUUGGACGUGCAGGUCACAGCGGCGGAUAUACUGGCGUACAGGCCCACGAUUGAGGGUCCGCACUGGGUGCUUUCUGAGCUCGACCUCGAGUGGAUCGCGGCGGGCUGCUACAUCCUCGGGACGGGUGGCGGUGGGAAUCCCGCCACAACAAUGCUCUCAAUCCGAGAGCUCGUGCGCGCCGGCGGCAAGGUGCGGGUGAUGGACCUUGAGAGCCUGCCGGAAGACGCGAAGGUCGUGUGGGGCGGCGGCAUCGGGUCGCCUGAAGUCGUGCUGGAGCGCCUGGACGGGGGUGACCCGAGCGAGGCAACGCGCGCCCUCCUCGACCUCGUAGGGGUUUCGGCCAGCGCGGUCGCAGCUAUCGAAAUCGGCGGCGGGAACGGCAUGCACCCCAUGGCCACUGGGUGCUCGGCCUACCUCGACCUCCCGGUUAUCGACGGCGACUUCAUGGGGCGCGCGUACCCCACCGGUUGGCAGACGACAGUAAAUGUCUUCGACGCAGGCGACCGCGGCGAGAUGUCCCUCCCGAACGCCAUGUGCUCCGGAAACGGAAAUAACACGUUCAUGACAAGUGCAAAACACUACUUGGAUAUCGACCGGAUCAUGCGCGCCGGCUGUGUGGAGAUGGGCACUCACGCCGACGUGGCGUGCCGCCCUCUUGAGAAGAGCUUCCUCCGUAAGGCACUCGUACGGAACACGGUGUCACAGGCAUGGCGCCUCGGCCGCGCCGUGGCGCUCGCUACAAAGCAGGCGAACAUUGGGAACGUGGGGCGAGUAUUGGUAGACGCUGUGGGCGGGGAUAAGGCCGCCAAGGUCCUGUUUGCCGGCAAGAUCACCGAUGUGGGGCGGCAUACCCAUAAGGGGCACACAUAUGGCGAGAUCUCGAUCCAGGCGAUGGCGACGGAGGAGGACGACUCCAGGACUCCCAAACAGCGAUUCGAGGGCGUCAUGAAGAUCCCCUUCAAGAACGAGAACUUGAUGUGCAAACACGUAGUGGGCGACAAGGAGACGAUCGUGGCGGGCGUGCCCGACCUUAUCUCUGUGCUGGACGCGCAGAAUGGUCUCGCCCUCGGCACGCCUGAGUACAAGUACGGACAGCGUGUGCUUGUCCUGGGCAUCACGGCCGCGCCGCAAUGGACGUCAACGAAGCGUGGGCUGGAACUGGGCGCUCUCCCGGCAUUUGGGUACAAUGUGCCAUACACGCCGCUCGGAGAGUAUGUGCAGCCCACGAGCGUGAUUCAGGAGUACGCUGUGGUGGCGUAGACACCAUCGUAGAGUACACAUUUCGUUAUCAUGCCAUAGCUGCAGAAAGAUCAGUGGCACAGCGAGGGGAUCCGAUGAUAUGCCGUGCAAGCCGCG